AUGACUUCCUCCUCUAUCGGCGCCCCGUCUCAACGCUCUCAAAGCAGUCGAAAAGGGAAGCGUGCCUGGAGGAAAAAUGUCGACCUGGACGAAGUGGAAGAGGGCCUUGAGGAGCUCCGCACAGAAGAACGCUUGUCUGGGGCUGCGUUGCAGAAGAAGAAAGACGGCGAGCUCUUCCACAUCGAUGUGACCGGCGACAACCGCGUCCGGAAGACGCUCCCCAAGUUCUCCGAGCGCGUGCUCACCUCGACCAAAAUCCUCGCGCAGCGCUCCGCCGUCCCCGCCGUGCUCUCGCGCGCGGGCGGCGGCGCAGGGACCAAGCGCAAGCCCGCGCUCUCGCACGACGACAAGACCCGGCUGCUCCGCGUCGGCAAGCGGCUCCGGCGCGGGCCCUCGGGUCGUUCCGCGCUGCUCGAGCUCAGCGAGGCCGCCAGCCACGCGGGCUCGUACGACGUCUGGGCGGGGGCGGCCCCAGGGGCGGUCUCCGCUCCGCAGACGGACCCGCUGCGUGCGCACAUCGCGGUGCCGGCGGUGCCGGCGCCGCACGAGGGCACGUCGUACAACCCGCCGGUCACGGCGCAUCAGGAGCUGCUCCGGACGGCGCACGAGGCGGAAGAGGAGAAGCUGAAGGGCGUGGAGAAGCUGGAGAACUUCAAGGCGACGAUGGAGCAGGCACGCUGGGUCGCUGCGGGAGAGGCGACGGUCGGGACGGUGCAGGGCGUCGCGUCGGGGAUGAAGGUCGCGGAAGUGGUGGAUGAGGCGGAUGAGGCGGAUGGCCCGCAGGAGGCCCUUCCCGCAAAGAAGAUGCCGGAGCGCAAGACGAAGCAGCAGAGGAAAAAGGCAGAGAAACUGCGUGCGGAGAAACGGCUGCUGGCGGAAAAGGCGGCGCGCAAGCGCUUGCUCGCCUCUGUGGAUUCUGCGAAAGCAUUCCGGAAAACGAUCGCGCGAGACUUGGCGGCACGAGAACGGCUCCGUGAACAACGCCAGUCAGAUAUGCAGGAGAAGCUCAAGCAGGGUCUGGCCGGGAAGAAGGUCGGCAAACACGUCGUCCCCAAUGGCCCCAUCGACGUUCAGCUCGGUGAAGAGCUUAGCGAGAGCUUGCGUGGACUGAAGCCGGAAGGUAACCUUUUCAGGGAUCGUUUCGUUAGCAUGCAACAUCGCGCGCUCGUCGAGCCUCACGCCCUUCAGCUUUCGAAAAAGGCGAAGACCAAAACAAAGGAAUACGAGAAGCACUCCUACAAGCGGUUCGACCGCGAGCACUGA